UAGCAUAUUUGCUAAUUAACUAGUUGGAGUAAAACUUAGUUAGAUAGAAAACAGUUGCUUAAAAGAAUUUAGAAUUAAAAUGAACAAAUUUAAGCAUUCAAUAAUUCAGAAAAAAUUUAGAAAGAAACAUUCAGAAUAUCGGAUUGCUGAAACUAAUCGAAUGAAAAAUAAAAGAGCUAACAUGAGCGAAAAAGAAAAAGAAGAAGUACGUCAAAAAGAUCGCGAAAGAAAGAAGCAAAAGCGAGAGCUGAAUCAACCUACAUCUGAUAUUGAACAACCCUUUUUAUCUCUGCAGAGCUUUGGAAAGGCACUUAAAAAAAUUAAUUCAGCAUUACCUGCCGAUUCAAACAAAAGAAAAUACCUUUUAAAAGAAGUUUGUAAACGUGAAAACAUACUACUUUCUAAUAUUUCAGAAUCAGGUCCUGACUACGCUGGUUUGGACAAUGUUUAUUUCAAAGUUCUUUGCGAGAAGAUAUUAGUAGAAUGGCUCCAGGACGUAAAGAUGUUGCUAUUGAUAAGAAAACAAAGAAGAAGAACUAAAUUCGUCACAUGCUGAUGACCAUAGGAGAAGCAUAUUCACUUUUUAAAAGUGAGCAUAUUAAUUUAAAAGUGAGCAAAUCUAAGUUUUACGAUCUGCUGCCAUUCUAUGUCAAGCUAGUAAACGAUCUUCCUCACGAUAUUUGCCUUUGCAUACACCAUGAAAAUUUCAGGUUGUUAACGAAUGCCCUUCAAAAAAAAUUUAAUAUUAUGUCAGACAUAGUUGACAGAUCUGUGUGUAAUCAAAACAACCAAUCUUGCAUGUUUAUGGAAUGUAAAGCAAACUGUGGGUUGCCAAAGUUUGAUGAAUAUGUAUCUAAUGUAAUAGACUCAUUUGGUGACGAUUCCAACAAACCGCUAUUUGUUUUUGACCAAUGGUCCUCAGAAAACGCGCAGAAAAUUGAACAACCACUAACAUCUUUGUUAGAGGGGUGUGUAUUACUGCAUCAGCAAUUGCCAGAUUAUAUACGUCAUGUCUAUAUAAAGCGACAACAAAUUGCAUAUUUUCGUUUAUUUUGC